AUGGCAAAGAAGUCGCACGGAGCUGCGAAUGGUGGAAGGAAGCUGGGAGGGCUAUCACGUUCGAGGUCUGACAUUGGUGCCAAGAGCACUGAAUCCAUAAGCAACUUAACGAGGCCGCAGUUGUAUUCUCUUUACGAUGAAGACAUCACUAAAAGUGAAGAUACACAAGUCUACGAAGAGAUAAAGCGCUCGAGGGGAGAAAGCCAGGACGACUCAGGCUUGUCACUGGAGCCAGGUUUGGGAUUCUCUGCAGGUCCAGCGACAAGCGUGAGUUUAGAACCGAGAGUCAAGAAACAAUGGUGGACGAAAAUGGUGAAUUUUGUGUUUGCAAUGUUGCUGUUGUCCAUCGCGGGCAUUUCGUACCACGAACUGUCGAGACACUUGCACGACAACCAUCUUCUGCAUCCUGAUUUUGCAUCAAGACCGCUGUCUCUCGGGGUAGAGAUCUCCAACGCUUUGACCGGAGGCCGAAUCCCAGAGUGGGGAGCAUACGCGUUGGAGGGAAUUCUUUUUGGGCUGGCGAUCCCGUUGAUGGACUACAUUUUCAAGACCGGACCCUCGCACAACUCGAUCGGAUCGAUCAUCAGGAGCGUCAACGCCAUGCUUGGGGUCACUUUCGGGAUCAGAAAGGUCGAGUGGUCUUCCUCGCUGCAAGCCGCAGGCGCCUGGGGUCUUCUGAACAUCAUACUGUGGCUGCUGUUUGACAGCACAAAGUCCAUGUUCAUCGGCUGCUCAUCGCUUGGGCUAUUGGCAUGUGUCUCCUGCUACGGAGAUGUGAGCGACAAAUCGCAGUUCUUGUACUUUAUGGAUUUCUAUUUCCUGGGCCUUCUGCUGUUCGGAAAGUUAGGUAGAUACCUCUUCUCCCAAUGA